AUGGUCAUAAAGACAACAUUUUUACUCUUUGCCCAGGUCUUUCUGUCCACCUCGGCGGCUGUUCCGCACGUAUCCAGUUCGUGCAAAGGACAUACUCAUCAAAACGGCAACCUACCCAAUGUGACAAUUUUCGGAACCGGAGGCACAAUUGCGAGCAAAGGUACGAGUAAUACUCAAACCACAAACUAUAAAGUCGGAGUCACCAUCGAGGCGCUCGUAGAGGCAGUGCCUGAAUUAUGCAACAUAUCAAAUGUUUCUGGUCUACAAGUCUCAAACGUUGAUAGCGGAUCAAUCAACUCCACUAUCCUACUUCAUCUAGCUCGAUACGUCAAUGCCGACAUGGCGAACCCAAUAUCCCACGGCUCUGUCGUGACACACGGAACUGAUACACUGGAGGAAACGGCAUUCUUCCUAGACCUGACUGUGAAGACACAUAAGCCGGUUGUUAUGACUGGCGCUAUGAGGCCUUCCACCGCAAUCAGCGCCGACGGACCCUUGAAUCUAUAUCAAGCGGUGAAACUCGCCGGCUCCGAUGAAGCUCGCGACCGGGGUGUCCUAAUUGUGUUGAACGACCGUAUAGGAAGCGCAUAUACUACAACCAAAAACAACGCAAACUCUCUAGAUACAUUUUACGCAACAGAACAAGGCCAACUCGGCUUCUUCAUCGACCAAGUCCCUAAAUUCUACUCUUCUCCAUCGACCCCUCGCAACAAACCACACUUCAGUAUCGGGGAUGCAGAUUUUCUGCCCCAGGUAGAUAUUCUUUACGGCUAUCAGGACGCGAAUCCGGCUCUCGUCGAAGCAUCCGUUCGAUCUGGAGCGAAAGGAAUUAUUUUCGCAGGGGUAGGAGCUGGCGGAUGGAGUGAGAGUGGGCUGAAGGCUGCGCAGAGAAUGUAUAAUGAGACUGGUAUUCCGAUGGUAUUUAGUCGACGUACGGAGGAUGGGUUUGCCGGUGGUGACUCUAUUUAUUCAUUUCAAAUGACGAGCGGAUUUCUGAAUCCGCAGAAAGCAAGGAUUAUGUUGCAGCUUGCCCUCCUUGAGAAUUAUGGAAACGAGGAGAUCAGGGCUCUAUUUUAUGGCCAGUGA